UCAAAUUCUAUUGAUAAGAUAGAGAUGAAAUCAGCGGGUCAGACUUACAUAUCCACUAAUCGUCUGCUGGCGUCUUUUUGUUCGUCUUGCUCAUGCUCAAAGCCCAACUAAUUUGAAAUCAUACGCGCUCGUUUUGAUUCCGUUGCGGUGCGGGGGCGGGGUGAGGAAAAGCACGUGGUGUUAUAUUUAUAAUCACAUGGAGGCGGCUCUUAGUUUCAGUUGAUAGUCGUUCCCGCACAGUGGGGUUGUGUAAUACUGUUAGUUAGGUUAAUCUUUGUUUUCAGUGGAAAUUCUAUGAACAGUUUUAUCUUAUUUGACUCAAUUAAUAAAUCAUUUUGAGUAAAUUAAAAUCAGCGGAAAGAAUGGAAAAUCAUUUGGAAAAAUCAGGUCUGAAUGAUGGCCUAUCGUGCGAGCAACUAUUCUCAUCCAGCGAGGGGCUUACAUACAAUGACUUCCUCAUUCUGCCUGGAUUUGUAGAUUUUCCAGCCGACUCGGUGGACUUGUCUGCACCAUUGACCAAGAAUAUCACACUGAAAGCUCCAUUGGUUUCAUCGCCCAUGGAUACAGUUACAGAAGCAGACAUGGCUAUUGCGAUGGCGCUUUGCGGUGGCAUUGGUAUCAUACAUCAUAAUUGCACCCCCGAAUAUCAAGCCAAUGAAGUUCAUAAAGUAAAGAAUUACAAACAUGGUUUCAUACGCGAUCCCGCCGUUCUUUCACCCGAUAACACAAUAGCCGAUGUUUUGAUCGCAAAGAGUAAAAACGGUUUUACUGGCUAUCCAAUUACAGCGAAUGGAAAACUUGGGGGUAGUCUUUUAGGCCUUGUAAGCUCACGUGAUAUCGACUUUCGCGAGAACCAACCACAAUUGAAAUUGGGUGAAAUCAUGACGAAAGUCGAUGAACUGAUCACAGCACCGAAUGGUGUGACACUACAAGAAGCGAAUGAGAUUCUUGAGAAAAGCAGGAAGGGAAAACUGCCAAUUGUGAAUGAUGCAGGAGAACUGGUUGCAUUGAUCGCCCGAACAGAUUUGAAAAAGGCUCGAAUCUAUCCAAAUGCUUCAAAAGAUAGCAACAAGCAAUUACUCGUUGGUGCAGCCGUGGGAACCCGAGAAGAAGAUAAAGAGCGUAUUGCACUCCUUGUAGAAAAUGGAGUCGAUGUAAUAGUCCUAGAUUCGUCGCAGGGAAACUCCAUAUAUCAGAUCAACAUGAUCAAGUAUAUAAAAAAAACUUAUCCCGUACUGCAGGUUAUUGGUGGCAACGUUGUGACACGAGCUCAAGCGAAAAACCUCAUCGACGCUGGAGCAGAUGGUCUGCGAGUUGGUAUGGGAAGCGGGUCGAUAUGUAUCACUCAAGAAGUUAUGGCAUGCGGAUGUCCUCAGGCCACGGCCGUCUACCAAGUUAGCAAUUAUGCUCGACAAUUCGGCGUUCCUGUUAUCGCUGAUGGUGGUAUCCAAUCGGUGGGGCAUAUCAUUAAAGCUCUGGCCAUUGGCGCAUCAACAGUGAUGAUGGGUUCACUACUCGCGGGAACGUCUGAAUCGCCCGGCGAAUAUUUCUUUUCGGACGGUAUUCGUCUAAAGAAAUAUCGUGGUAUGGGCAGCUUGGAAGCGAUGCAACGUAAAGAUGCCAAAGGAUCGGCCAUGAGCCGAUAUUAUCAUACGGAUGUUGAUAAAUUGCAUGUUGCUCAGGGUGUUAGUGGUACCAUUGUUGAUAAGGGAUCAGCCUUACGAUUCCUACCAUACAUUAAAUGUGGAGCGCAACACAGCUGCCAGGAUAUCGGAGCGAGAAGUAUAGAGGAGCUAAAGAAAAUGAUAUAUACUGGGGAACUGCGUUUCGUUAGGCGUACACAAUCAGCUCAAAUUGAAGGAAACGUCCACGGGUUAUUCUCAUAUGAGAAGCAUCUGUUCUAAUAUUCGGGAUUUGUUUUGUGGAUGCCGGAGUAGAGGGUCUGCAAGUCGGGGUGGAAGCGGUUGAAGGGGCAUAUCAAUAAAGCGUGCAUCAACUGUGAUAAUAGAAUCAUUGCCCCCGGGAAUGUCUGGCGAAUAGUUUUUCUCAGCUAGGUUCCUACGAUUCCUACUACCGAUAUGUAUUUGCUAUCGGGGGACCUAGAUACGUUCGAUUGAUUCAGAAUCACAUAGUGCAAUCCACUUUACAUGAUGAGAACUAAAUACCUCAAUAUAAAAAUAAGAAAUAACUAUAACAAUGUCAAAAUGAGAAUAUAUUAAAAAAAGUUAAAGAUUAGAAGAUGAAAAAUGGUAUAAAAUAAUCAAAACUAAAUGAAUCUUUUUUUGCUUUACAAAAUUGUAUUGUCAUUUUUACUUCUUAGAUAUUGUUAUACUCUUUUAUUGUGAUUCUAGAAUGAUAAUUAUAAAUAAAUUGUGUUAACGUUUUUUUCA